CGCAUGAGCGCGAGCGAGUGGCAGGAGUGUCGAGCGCGAGCAUCCAGAGAGGGAAAAAAAAAAGCUGCGGUGCAGCAGCAUUGGACUGGCUCAUGAGAGAAGUAUAUUUUUUAAAAAAAAUAAACACUGAUCCCUCGGAAAUACAUUGGGUUGAUACGCAGGCCUGGAGAGAGAGAGAGAAGACGAAGAAAGCAUUCGAAUCAGAGGAGACUGACGCUGAGUAUUUCUCACUGUGGAGGUACUGCUGGAAGUGAGGGUUGCGUUGAAUGUACCAGAAAAAAGCAUUCUGUUUUGCUGCAGAGGAUGAAAAGAAAUAGGAUCAUUUGCUUUACUUAUCAGUUUUAAUAUGGCCAGCUCUGAAAUAUAAAAAAGCAGAAGUAAAUUUUAAAUCUGGUAAAAAUUGGCUUAGAUUUUUUGAAAAAUUCUUGUAAGAGGAUUUUUUUAUUGUUUUGGUUGGCUGAAUAUUUGGAUAUGAUGUUGGAUGUUGGAUAUACUUACGCUGUCUGGCAGCUAGUCAGAUACCUUUAAAAUCACUAAAGACUUCUAAAAGUGCACAGUGUGUCCUCGUAAUUAUAAAAUGAUGGACAUGGGAAGAAGCGAAAGAAUGAUUAUGCUAAAUGUGUAAAUGUGACAGUCUAGUAAAUUCACAAAAUAAAAUUUGGGUAUUCCUUUAAUUUUGGGUAUGUUGUAAUCAAAUCAUUGCUCACAAGAGAGUUAGGAAUUUUGUUGUCUUAUGUAAUAUAUAAUUAUUCCCCUUCUCUAUAUGACACUGAGAGCAUUAAUGAAGCAAGCAUAGCUCUUCUAGUUCUCAGUUUAAAAACAAUUCCCUUGUAAAUUUUAAGAUUAUUUUGUACGUUUGGGAAAGACAGACAAUAAAAUGAAUAGUUGAGGGAGUUUGAGGUGUAGGCAAGCACAGAGUAGUGCUUCACGGACCAGAUCACCCUGAAAGUCCUUCCUACAGUUUGCGAGCUUGCCUUGAGACCAAAGAGCUCCCGUACUGGAAACAUCAAAGUUGAGGGCCCACAAGUUCUGCUUGAAGGAUCCUGGCCAUGAGGUUUGAUGCCUCACUUCGUUAACAAAAGUCAUUGGACCUAAAUGGCGCAGCAUGACUUUGUUCCUGCUUGGCUUAAUUUUCCAACAUCUCAGUCUUCAAACAAGUCCUCUUCUACCAGUGAGAAACACAGUGACCAUUUUGCUCGAGGUGAUGGUCGAUUUGGUGUAAAUCGUAGAAGGCACAAUUCCUCAGAUGGAUUCUUUAAUAAUGGUCUACUCCGAGCUGCUGGAGGUAGGAAAGAUGGUUGGUAUCAGCCUUCAUUGCUUCGCCAUGAUUCUGUAGAUUCAGGUGUUUCUAAGAGUGUUCAAGUUAGCCUUUUUGGAAGUCAGGUUUGGAAAGAAAGUGCCAGUUGGCACAAUGCAAAUAGAGGCCAUGAUGUGAUCAACCAGCGUGGUAGCAACAAUGCCCAUCGACACUGGAAUGGCAACUUUCAUAACCGGAAGAGUUCAGGAUUCCAGGACAAACCACCUGCUGAGGUAAAGGAGGAGAAGAAGGAUGAAAAAGAUGAAAAACUUCAGUUUGAAGAGGAAGACUUCCCGUCUCUGAAUCCUGAUGCAGAAAAACAGCCCAGCCAGAGCAGACCAGUCAGUACACCAGCAGGAGUAUGGGAAAACCCUCCAAGUGCCAAGCAGCCAGUUUCCAAGAUGCUGGUCAUCAAAAAAGUUCUGAAAGAGGAACCAAUAUUCUCAACGAGCUUUUGUUCCUCAGGAAACCCUUUUUCUAACAGCAACAAAAACAGUGCAAGUCCAAGCGUUUACAAAAAUCUAAUACCCAAACCAGCAGCUCCUCCCACAAAGCCAGGUCCAUGGAAAUCUGCUGCAAGGGAAAACAAACCCGGCUUACUUUAUUCUGGUCAAGAUUCAGCAUUUACAAGUCCUCUUGCAAUGAUCAAACCUACAGUACAGUCUACUAGUAGUUGUCACAUUUCUCCAAAAGAGACUCCUUCAAGUACCACCCCUCCAAUAGAGAUCAGUACAAAUCGUUUAAUGAAACUAACUCGGGUAAAGUCAGAUAAGAAGAGUGAGUUUCUGAAGGCACUGAAAGAUGACCGGAGUGAUGAAAUCUCAGAACAUAGAGACUUCGACAAAUUAGAAGACUGUGUGGGUAAUAUUCCAGAAACAAAUGAAAACGGGAAUACAAAUGGUCAUCAGCAUAGUCUGUCAUUCUGUGGCUCAGAAAAAGAUUAUCUGUCCAGUUCUCUUGAAGCAGAACAUAGAUUAUUGAAAGCAAUGGGUUGGCAAGAAUGCUCAGAGAAUGAUGAUAACUUCUUGCCUUUGACUGAAGAUGAGCUCAGGGAGUUCCAGGCCAAAACUGAGCAGCUCAAGAAAAAUGGCUUUAGGAAAAAUGGUUUUCAACUGAAGAACCAGUGUACAGCUUUACAUUUUGCCCAUUGGAGAGGCUUUUUCAGUUCAGGACUUCAUGAAGCAUCAGAUUCUGAAACGAGCAGUAGUACCAAUUCUGAUGAUGACGCUUAAACUUGGUACAAGUGGAAUUCAUGUUAUAUGUUUUCUUUAUAGCUGGAGGACUAAACUUACUAAAGCUCUUUUGGCACAGAGUUAUAUUUUACCAAGCACAAGGGAGUUGAUCAUAUCCCAAAGAAGAAAAUUUGCUUGUUGAGCUUUUUUCUUUAUUUCUUUGACCAGCUGGUCCUGUUGAAUGCUUCGUAGAAUGAAAUAUGAGUCAAUAAAGAAGAAAAGGGGCAAAGCACAUUGAGUAAUCAUUUUCAAGGAAAAAAUGUGGGGUUUUUUUUGAAAGCUUGGAAAAAAAAUUGCAGACAUUUAGUAGGAAUAGCAGUACAAUAGAAAAAGCAGUGUAAGAGACAAAUUCAAAAUACUGAUGAUAGUUUUCAAGAAUAAUGCUAACUAAAACAUUUUUCAAUGUCGUGACAUUUUGAGAAAAGGAAAAUAAGAUUUGUCACCAGAGGUUUAUCUCCAUUUCUUUGGUACAGUUGUAAAAUAUUCACAAUAGGAGCUUUGAGUCUUCAAACAACCUUGAUAUUCAGGGUGGAAUGUAAAAUAUAAAUUUUGUGAAAUUUCAAAGAUUAAGAUUAUUUUGAUAACGUUAUUUACAAAUUUAAAAAAAAGUGGCUAUCACAUAUGAAUAUCUGUAAAAGAAAAACUACUGCAUUAAAAUAACUU